CCCGUCUGAGCGGCGCGCCGGAUGGCGGGCGUUCCCGGGGGCGGGGCCGAGGCGGCUGCGGGCAAUGAAGGCACCGGCGCAGGAUCCGAAAAUGGAGUGCGACAUCCUGGACGCGCUGGAGGCUCUGGGGUGAGCGGGGCGAAGGCGAGGCGGCGGAGCUCGGGGCGAGGAAGUUGGGGUACCGCUGCAGAGAGGUGGUUCGGGAAGGCCGGCUGGAGAGGAGGGCCGCUCGGGGAUGCGCAUGCAAUCCGGUUCAAAUCAAGGCACCCCUUUUAAAAUACUCGCCGCCAGUGCCUUCGCUCCCUUUGAAAUCCCGGGGUUCCCCUUGGCCGCCCCUUUGACUCUCGUGUGCGUGGGAGAAUUGUUCGUGGAGCCCGGGGUGGACCAAGCGCGGCAUUUGCGCGCGCGCGCGCGACACGCUUUCAAAAAUCAUCUGCUCUGAUUCUGCUGAUCAAAGACUGGGAGAGAAAUCAAAAGAAAAUAAAGACCUACGGGUAUCGGGCGGUAUAUAAAUUCUAAUAAUAAUAAACAAAUAAUAUCCAAGUAUUGAUGAAUAAUAAUAGGUAGACAUUUGUUUCUCAACUUCGCAGCGUCAUCUGUUUAACAGGCACAGAGUUUUCAUUGCUCACUGAGUACCAACUGCUGAGACUGCUCUGUUGCAGCAGUAUUUAUCGCUUCCAAAUGUGUGCUAAUUUGAUUAGUUGAAUAGGAGUGCUCCCGCUUUGACCAAAGAACUUUGGUAAUACAUGCAAAAUACAUGCAUUGUUUAUUUAUUUAUUUAUUUUAAAAAAAAUAGCUAGAAAGAUUGGUAGAACACCAUAGUAGUCUUGCAAUAAUUGAAAGUAAGAAUCAGUGGGUACAAAUGAUUAUAUACUGAUGUCCCACUGGCAGCCCAAUCCUCCUAACAUGAUCACAAGGAAGAAAGCUCUGUGGUUUCAGUGUCACAGCUUCCAAGUAAGGUUGCUUAGUUAUUGCAGCCUUAAACUUAUUUAACUGCCCUGGCCUGCGCUUUCUUGAUGGGGGAAGAAGAUGUACAUAUUGAGAUGGAAGAACCCCCAGGUUUUAUAGUUUGCCAUGUAUGCUACCAUAUUCCAGGGACUUUUUAUCUUCUUCAUGCCCCAUGUGUGGUGUCCCUGAAUGAGAAAUUGGCAUGUGGCAAAACUAGACUCAAAACGAAAUUCCAUCCAACAAGCAUUGGAGAAGUGUGUAAAAAACACAUUAAAAAAAACACACAAUGCAUUGAGGUUAGGAUUAUAGGCAGGGUGUAGGACAAAUGCUGGAACUGUAAAUUCUUAGCAUGUGCAUGUAUUUCACAGAUGGGAGUUUUAAAUGAAUUUUUGUAUUUCAUUCUUAGUUACAUAAAAUGUUGCUUUCUUUUUAUUGAUGUCACACACAGCAGAAGCACAAUACUGCAUGCAUAACUCUGUGUGAUGGCUUGUACAGUGGUACCUCUGCUUACGAACUUAAUUCGUUCCAGAGGUCCGUUCUUAACCUGAAACCGUUCUUAACUUGAGGUACCACUUUAGCUAAUGGGGCCUCCUGCUGCUGCUGCGCCACCAGCGCACGAUUUCUGUUCUCAUCCUGAGGUAAAGUUCUCAACCUGAGGUACUACUUCCGGGUUAGUGGAGUCUGUAACCCGAAGCAUUUGUAACCCGAGUUACCACUGUACUGUACUCACUUGCUUCUGUAUGGAGUAGCAGGUGAAUCAGAAGUUCACAUGUAUCCAGUAAUGUUAUAGGUGCUUGUUACAGUUCAAGCUUUUAUGAACAUCCUGGAAAGUUCAUAGCAAAAGCCCAUCUGGUCCUGCAUCCUGUUUUUACAGAGGCCAGCCAGAUGGAAAGCCCACAAGCUCCCCAAUUUUGCUCUCCAGCAACAACUAGUCAAAAGCAUAUUGCCUUUAAUAUUUGAAGUACUACAUAGUCUGUAUGAUGCAUUUAGAAUAACCUAGGUGUAUGCCUUGGAAUGCAACGUGUGCAGUUACGCUUGGCAUUUGAUAUACGGUAAUUAUUGGCAACAUGUUGAAACAUUGCUGAUCAUUCUUUAAAAAUGUUAGUACAAAAACUGCCAUGGGAUUUCCAUCCAUUUACAGUAACAAAUUUACAAACUUGUAGUUGGCUUUUUUAAAAAAAAUUGCCCCUGAUUAAUCAGGCAGAAGAUUUUGAUUUUUUAAAGUAUUUGAAUACAGUGUGUAUAUAAAUGCAUGUUAAAAGAGGCAUUCUCACUUCUCACACACAGGAGGAAUGGUUCUUCUAAGAUGAAAACAUAUUCUUCCGAAAUAGUUUUAUCCCAUAUGUGAAUUUAUUUGAUAGAUUAAAACUCAUAUAAUCAACAUUUGGUUGCAGCCUUAAUAAAUAAUAAAAAUAAUCCUUUAAUUCAUUUCUGUGGAGUCAAGAGAUGGAAGGAAAAAAUGACAUAAUGGUAAGAAGUAAAGUUGUUCCCCACCCCCCAGCCAAAAAACCCCCAGCCAAUUCUUUUGUUAUUACAAAAAAUAAUCUUGAGAGGCGUAAUUUUACAUUAGGCACUCCUCUGCAUAUUGUACAGAUUUGUUGUCGCUAAAACAUAUCCAUAUUGAAGUUCUGUUUGCCUUAUACAUUUUAAAAAUGGGUAAACAAAGAGUUAUUUUUGAUUCACAACCACUUUAAUUGCACACACUCAGCUAUCCAACAAUAAUACACUCUUACUUUUUCAAUAAAGGAAUAUUUGUGAAUGACUGAAUAAAUUCCACAGUGAAACAAUUUUUCUACUUUUAAAUUUUAAUUCCUGUACUUAGGUCAUAUGUUUUGUGUUCUGUAUUUUGCUCCCCAGGUACAAAGGCCCUCUUUUGGAUGAGGAUGCCCUUAAUAAAGCAGCUGAGAGUGGUCUGGCUUCACAAGACUUCUGCGAUCUUUGUGUUUGGUUAAGUUCCCAAAUACAGCCGUUGUGUGACUUGGAAGAAAGCAUCUCCUCAACAGCUGGUAAUUUGACAUGAUUUUAAUCUGUUGGAAUCUUGUUUGUGUGUUUGUCAUAGCUUUCCAUUUUGUAAUUUAUCUAUAAACAUCUCAUGAAUGUUUCACUUUGGAAAUAAAUUUGUUGUGGAGAUAAUUGAAGUGAUUUUUGACAUUCUGCUGUGGUAUUAACACAAUUAAUGAAGAAAAGUAGUGAUGUUUCUACAGUCUUUCUAACCUGUAGAUCUAUUAUCGAAGGGGGGGAAUUGUGUUUGUUUUGUCACCUGAUUGAACAGAGUUGAACUGAUCAUGUAAAAUGAUCAAAAAAUGAUCAAAAAAUGAUCAAAAAAAUGAUCAAAAAAAUUAAGAGGAUUCUUUUAUAUUGGUGAACAUGACCCUAAAACCUUCAUUGCUUGAACCGAAACUCAAACACAAGCACUUUAAAACAGGAAAGGUACCUGACUUCUCCCUACAAAGGCAGACGAAAAGAGACCCGAGUCUUUUUCAGGUGUAGUGAAUGGAAUGCAGAAAAGGUAUCACGUGUGAGUUGAGGCAGUGGAGAGAAACAUAUUAGCUGCACACAUACACAGUGUUGAUUUCAGUUGCCUUCUAGCUUGUGAAACUGCAGAGCUGGGAGCCUCUUGUAUGUAGCCAGGAGCAGCGAGGAAUGAAGCACCUUAUAUUUGGGUAUUUUUUCUUGUUUUCCUUUCCUCACUCCAAUUUUAAAGGUGUGGUUUAUUUUCGGGUGCGGUUUAUAUUCGGGCCAAUACGGUAAUGGGUUUAUACUUCUUGUUCUUUGCUGCUGCAAAAUACAAAAUACCCUGCACAAAAAUAAAUUCAGGUUGUGUUUCUGUGCCAUUCAUUCUGUCUUUUUGUUGGACUGACUUAAUUCUGGAGGAUAUGAUAUUAGUUCAGAGCAUCACAUUAUUCUGAUUUUUAAAAUUAGGGUUUUUCCCAGCAAAAUGUUACUUAAAAAUCUUAAGAGCAAUUUGUAUGAUAUUUUUUUCUGAAUUAGUUCACCUGGUUCCCAACUAUUUUUUAAAGCACCAGAGCUGGAACCUGAUAUGAGGGUUUUUUAAGGGUAUGACACUUUUCCCCCCUAUGUUCUUAAAGGUGGUGAAGACGUUGAAAGUUUACAGCUUGAGAUGAGUGGCUUUUUAAAAGAGCUGGCUUGUCCAUAUUCAUCACUUGUGUCUGGGGAAAUUAAAGAGCGGUUAAAAAAGAAAGAAGAUUGUCUUAAAGUCCUAUGUAAGUUACCAGAGUCUUUCUGUUUGCAGUUUUACAGGUGACUGUUUUGUUUCAUGCAGAAUUCUGGAGACAGAAAAGGCCCACUUUUUCUGGCCUUGUACAGCCUACAUCCAGGCUUAUGCAUUGCAGGAGCCACAUGGCAGCAGAGAAUAAUAUUUGAAACCUGGGUACAAUAGUUUAGAACUGAACAAAAAAAGGUCCACUUUAUGCUGCCAUAUAUCUGCCUGUCAGGAAGUCACAGGGCUGGUUUCCACUGCUGACUUCUACCCCAUUACAUUUCUGCAUUUAUAACUGGGCAGAGAAUGGUUUGUGUGACCUGGGCUCUGUUUGGAAUCAGGCAAACAUUAUUUCUAGACCAGAUGCUCCUUUCCAGAGUGCAGCCUGGUUCUUGCUAAUCUUCAAGGAAUUGCAAUGGGAUUGAUCAGUAUGAACCAACCAACAGAUUAUUUCCUCUAAGGGGGAAGAGGGGGUUUCCCUAGAUGUGGAUUUCCUAACACAUCAUUAAAUUAUUGACUGAUAAUCUGAAAAGGAAGUUUAUAUCAAAAUAUAUUUCAGAUGCAUUUUUCAUCGUUCAUUAUUACUUAAAACAUUAUUAUGUGCAACAGUUGUAUAGCAAGGGUGUGGAACCCAGAAACCAAAUUCAGUUCUUCAGCCCUCUGUUUGGCCCCUGGGACUCUUCCCAGGCCACUCCCCCUCUCCCCAAGCCCCGCCCCUCACUGUCCCUGCCCUCAAGUGCUUUUGCUGGCUGAAAUGUGUCAUUGGAUUGAAACAAUGCCUCUUGCUUGCCUGGAUAGAAAUGGGUGGAAGGGGAGAUCUCUGACUUUUGCAUGGCAGUGCAGCAAGCAGCAUUCCAAAGGCCAGGCUCCACCCACAUUCCAAAGGCCAGGCUCCACUCAUCUGUGGCUCCACCCACUUUUGCCUCUGGUCCUGCCAACCAUUGGCAUGUGGCCCCUGCAAGGUUGUUCACUGCCUGGUCUCUGUAGCCCUUGUGCUGAAAAUGUUGUAACACUGACAUGGCUUUUAAAUUCUUUUCCAUUUUUUCUUUGCAUCUUGUUUAAUUUUCAUAUUUACAUCCUCACCCAGUUCUGACCAGAGAGCAUUAAUCUUACUGGUUUGCUUGUUGAAACACAUUCACGGAUCCUUCUCUAGCUUUUACGUAUCUCCCCCCCACCUCCAGUAUUUUUAAGCACAGAACUUCAGGCUUUGCAAAUAUUGAAAUUGAAAGAACAUAAAAGUUCUCAUUUGACGAAGAAUAAUGACAUCCACCAAGAAAUCCAAAUGAUCUGCGACGUCCUGGGUCUACCAAAGUCAUCACCUUCAUCUUCUGAUAUUCCGGUCUUAUUAAGCAAUAUAGAGUCAAAGGUACAGUGUGUAUUUUCUACAUUUGAGUGUCAUUGGUAUGAGUUUUGUACACCUGCACAGCCCCAGUCCCCUGUGAAAAAACAAAAGCCAAGGAGUUGAAAGGGCCUUCUCAGGGUGACAGGCAAAUAGGGUACCUGUUUAGGAGCUUUUUUUCAGUGGGAACUCCCCAGAACUCCGUUCCAACACCUUUCAGGUGAGUUCUGGCACCUCUCAGGUGGGCACCGUUGCCAUUCUAAAACAUAGAGGGAGGCGCUCAUGGUGAGUUGUGACACCCCCUUUUCUAGAAGAAUGGCACAGCUAGUAGUUGCUCUGAAAUGCCCUAUGUUUUUGUUCAACUGGAAAGAAUUAUGGCAUCAGGGGAAGCCUGCCUAGUUGUUGCCCAUGGAGCCCCACCUUGGGUGAAGGAUUCCUGCAUUGCAGGGAGUUGGACUACAUGAUCAUCAUGGUCCCCUUCAGCUCUACAGUUCUGUGAUUCUAUGAUUCCCCACCCCACCCCCCACCCUCAGGUGUGUGUGGUAGCAAUGGAGCCUGCAUUGGUAAGGACAGCCAUACAACCCCUUUCCUCAUUAGAUGUCCUGUCAUGUGUGAAGAAAUCUGCACAGGAACCCAGAAAGAAGUCUAGGUGACUGUAGCAGCUCUUAUGUGUGGUAGCUGUUUUGCCUGCCCUUUGACCCUCUCCACGCUGCUGUCCCCUUGCUUACUCUGGCUGCAGCACCUAGCAUCUUCUCACAACAGCAGCUGAAGAAGAAAGGUAGUGUUUCACUCCUAAGUGAACCAGCCAGGGAACACGGCAUUCUUCCAUACUUGGGCACAGGCAGGAGGAGUCAGUCAUGUGGUGAGGGGGAAGAAGCAUCUGGCCUGCCUGUGUGAAUCAUCUCAUAAGAUGACAUUGAGAGAAAGGAUCCAAUUGUCUUUGCGGAAAUUCUAUUGUACUUUAGUGUCACUAUGUAGAUACACAGGAUUCUUGUAAUUGGUUUUAUAUAAAUAUAUGUAUCUUUUACUUUUUCAGGUUAAGGACAUUUUAUCAAAAAUGCCAAACACUUAUGUGGGCAAAUCUCUGCUUAAAACUCCUUUGAAUGCAGAUCAAAUGGUAAAAAUUAAGUUUUUUCACUUUUAUAUUCAAUAGCAUACAAAUACCUGCUGAAAUUGAUUGCGGCUUUUUGCUUUUCUGUCUUUAUUUGGAUCAAAAGUGAAUGCAUUCUUCUAUGAUUUUUGACAUAAAAGAAGAAAUUUGUAGCACCUGUAGUUGAAAAGUGUUGUGACUAUUUAAAGUAUUUUCUGUAUUUUAGACUGCUAUUGAACUGUUUUGUGCUCCAAUGCCAUAGGGAAGGUUGGAAAAAAUAAACGAGACUCUUCUCAGGGAAUAUGAAUGCCGUCGUCGUAUGUUAAUGAAGCGCUUAGACGUAACUGUACAGUCCUUUGGUUGGUCCGAUAGAGCAAAGGUAAACAUGUUUUAUCAACUUCCUGGUAGCUGACUCUCCUGUGGUUCCAUAAGCAUUUAAUUGACGAUGCACAAUUUGUUAAUAUAACAGUUUUAUAUUGUAAAUACUAGAGAGAAUCCUAGUUACUGGUUUCUCUUUACAUUCAAGGGAAUAGUGGGGUUUUUUUUAAAAAAGGGAUUGUAUUAGAUAUUUUUCUGUUAAAAAUACUAGUUCAAAGGUAUACAUAUAGCCAAGAACGAUGUGUGCAACUGCAGUUUCUUUGAAAUUCCUUCUGCAUGAGUGCUGGCAGCUGAAGAGACAAGCUGCUGCUUAAACUGAAAACUGGCUUGCAACUUUGGCAGUGGGAGCUAUGAAGCAAAAACAACACUACCUUAAAAUAAAGCUCUGAAUGCAUGUAUGAUUCAUUUUACCUCCUAACUGCAACCUUCCUCAUCUAUAGCAUUACUCAAAUAGCGACAAAUGUUGUUAAGGCGUUCGGCCAGCUGUUCCUCUUGUUGCAAGGACCGUAUGUGAUACUAGACUGCAAAAAGGAACACAUGGCAUAUUGGACAUAACUUAAAGUGCUCCCCGCUUUUGUUUUAAUAUUUCUGCAACUCUGCAAUAUGUCUACAUUUAUUUUUAAGGUGAAAACAGAUGAUAUUGCAAGGAUUUAUCAACCCAAACGUUAUGGACUCUCUCCUAAAUCAACUAUUUCAUUAGCCCAUCUUCUAGCAGCUCGUGAAGACUUGUCGAAGAUCAUAACAACAAGCAGUGGAUCGUCACGAGAAAAGACUGUUUGCUCUAUCAAUAAGGUAGGAUUUCCCCCUCAUGCAAGAUGAGCUUUAGGAGCUUUCUUGAGCUGACCCAACCAUUCAUAAUACGCCAGUGCUUGUAAACAUGUCUAAUGUGUGAAGUGCUUAAUAACUGAAUGUCUUCCUAGUAAUCUAAUGAGGUUGGUAACUGUGCACUGAGGAAUCUGAAUUCCUCUGGCUUUAUUAUUAUUAUUGGAUUAUUUAUUAAAUUUGUAUACCACCCCUAUACCUGUAGAUCUCAGGGCGUUGAUAGGAGAGCAUCCCCUGGAAGCCCCAUGUGCUCAGUGAUGGGGGAAAUAUGGAAUAGAAAUGUACUAAAAUAAAAUUUUAAAACUUUGCUUCCACUGCAGGUCUUGAUGGGAAGAGUACCAGAUCGUGGAGGCAGACCAACAGAAAUUGACCCACCACCACCUGAAAUGCCCCCUUGGCAGAAGAGACAAGAUGGUGGUGGUAGAGGGGGAAGAGGAGGAGGUCGAGGAGGAGGGGGUGGCUGGGGGGGAGGGGGUGGUGGUAGAGGAGGGGGUGGAGGUUGGAGAGGAGGGGGAGGGGGUUUUCAAGGGAGGGGAGGAGGCUAUGGUGGGAGAGGUGGGUAUGGUGAGUCAUAUGGUGGAAGGGGAGGGGGAGGAGGCUACAGGAGAUACUGAUACCACUAAAUGUUAACUGACACAAACUGUUCAUUGGGAGUUUGGGAUAAAUUGUAGCUGACUUUGCAGCAUGAUGUUUGAAUUAUGUUGGUCAUGCUUUUUUGAAAAUUAAAAUAUUCGGUUCCCUAUAAAUCACUUUGCACAUGAUAGCUUUCCUCCACAUGCGACUUCCUUUUAUGAGACUGCAUGUACGUGUGUGCAUUUGUCAGACGUGAUGAUCUAUAUGUGGUCUAAAACCAUGGUUAGCAGGGAGUUCCUGUAUGCAGCGUCUAUGAGAGACUGUGAGCCCAGAGAACAUGCAAGGUUUUCUGUAUAGAAGUGAUAUCUAUGUAGAAAAUGUUCCAUGUGCACAGUGGCCUUAUAUGUUUCAAGUGUAAAAUAACGGUUAAAGAAGCAAUUGGGUUUUUUGACUCUGAGAUCUGGAUUUUUAUGUAAUAUGAGAAGCUUCGGAAACAUGAGCAUUAACAAAAUAAAACAGAAUAUAAAAUUAAAAUUGAUUUUCUUUGUAAGUUUUCAAAUUGCAGUGAUUCCCUCAAACGUGGGAAGCAUUGUAUAUUAGAUUUGGCCUCCAAUUUCUUCAAAAUGUUUAUGAAAAAUGUAGAAAUGUAUACUAGCUGUAAUGUUAUCAGAUUCAAAAUUAAAACUGCAGGAGGUUUCCAUGAAAAUGCUGGGGGGAUGCAAGUCUGUAUUUUUUUUUGCAGUGACGAUAAUUGGAGGUCUGCAUUUUUUGGUUGGCCUUGCUAGCCAAGCCAAAAAUUAUGAUUGCCAGGCUAUUUCUGCUUGCCAGCUGGCUGGCUGCAAGCAAACACCUUCUCCCAACAGCAAAAACGAUUGCUCCUUUCCUGUAGGAAACACUGGAGGAAAGUAUUCCAGCUUCACCUGAUGCAUGGCCAAGUCUCUCUGCUGAGUAGCUGCUGAAGGUGUCUUCAUCUCCUCACUUCUCUUUCCUGUGAGAGAGAAAGGGGGAUAGUGCAAGCUUCUGCUGAUGCUUGAUGGUGCGCCACAGAGACCCACCACCGAGCAGCGGCUGCAGGUAGCUCCCCCCUCUCUUCUUUUCUCUCGGGGAGCACAGCAAAACUGCUGGGAGGAUACCCACCAACUCUUACUGCUUCUAAGUUGAAAGGAAGGGUUUACACACCACUUGAUGUGGUGAGCAUAACUGCCAAUACCAUAACCCAUAUGGAUAAGACAAAAUUCCAAACAUCAGGAGUUCCAUAAAAUGGACCUAUACCAUGAACUUACAAUAAAACUAACUGGUUCCCAGUGUGUUCUACUAGAGUUGGCUGUUGAGAAGGAAGGAAAAAAUGUGUGCGCAUGGACCUAGAAAUGUUGUCCUUGCAACUUUCCCCUCCCACCUGAUGUCAUUCUUACAUCAUCCUUGCUUCCUAAUAAGUAAGCACGGGGGCUGGAAAUAUUUGACAAAGCUAACCACUAGAGUAAGCAGAAGAAUAGGACGGUGGAACCUCGGUUUUCGAGCAUCUUGGGAACCGAACGAUUUGGAACCCGAAUGCCGAAACCCAGAAGUAAUUGCUUCCGUUUUCAAACCCGCCUUGGAAGUCGAACGGCUUCCGAGGCAUGUUUCUCCGUUUUUUCAAUGGAUUUUGCCCACCGCCCAUUGAUCCUUGGUUUUUGGAUAUUUCAGAAGUCAAACGGUCUUCCGGAAUGGGUUACGUUCGAAAACCGAGGUUCCACUGUAUCUCAGUUGGGGCCUCUUUCCUGCAUUUCUUUCCCUGGGAGAAAAACAAGUUUUUGUCCUCCUUCCUUGUAUACAGAGUUACGUACACACAUAUCCUAAGCUCAUUCUAGCUGUUAGAUAGUACUGAGUUGGUGUUUUUAGUUAGCUAUAUAUGGAGAGCAGAUUAUACAAGUAUCCCCAGCUAGAAGGGAAAAAAGCGAAGAGUGGAAUAUUACAAAUAUUCUCUCUGCCCAAGCAUGAUCAGCUUGCCAGAUGGAGCCACCCUCCCUCCUCCCCUACAUGCUGUUCUGGGGUUCUGUGAGCCAGAGGUUGGGGAAAGCCUGAAAGUCUUUGCACAGGGCUUCCCUUGACAGCAUUCAUUAAGUAAAUUCCACCCUAAGACAUCUAUCUACCCUGUUUUUUAAAAUGUAAACUAUUUUUUUAAAACAUUCCUUACCCUUUGCAAAUCACAAUAUAUUUCAAAACAGUAAAUUACUGGCAGUUUUGAUCCCUAUACAGGUGUGUCUUGUCAACCUAAAAAAAAAAUGCAAUAAAUUAAACUUGCUUGAUUUUUGAACGUUUCUAUAAAUCGGUUUUUUGUAUGUUUUAAACCUGAACUGUAUUUUGUGAAACACAUUUUCUGUAAAUAGUUUUGUGUUAAGAGCAAUUCCAUUUAUGUUUGAACACUUUCCUUUUAAAAAUGCUUGUGGACAUAGUGAAAACCUUGUGCUUUUUGACAACCAACUGGAGAGUAUUUUGUGUUUAAGAAAUAGGUUGUUUACACCUGUGAGCACUGAGAAAUAAAGUACUGUAAAGCUGUC